AUGUCUGUUCAAGCGUUGACUUACGAGUCAAUCGUCGAGUCGUUUGUCCGCCAAAAGUUAUUCAAAUGCUAUUACGACGGAUGCGACAAAGGGUUCGCCACUCAAAGCCGAUUGAAUUUGCAUACAAGUCGCAGACAUGCCAUCGAUGGCAGCGCACAGUUCGGGGAACAACACUCAGCACUCGAUGACAGACAACAGAUACCAACGAUUACUACGACAAGUCCUACAGUCCCGACAAUAACCACAACCACUACUACUUCUAGUGCCGACAGACAAUGGCUAGUCAUUAAGUACAAUAAUGAUUCGGACUCUGAUAUCGAAAUCAUUGGUAGAGUUCCGCCCAAACGGUCCGCACGUAACCGAUCGCCGAGUGAUGUAAAUCCAAAACCACUGGUGCCGGAUAUUAUCGAGAAGUACUGUCGCAUAACUGCUAUACUAUUUACAUUCAUGAGCAAUACGGGACACGACUACAUCUCGGGCUCCGCCGCCGGUCGACUUCAA